CGGCUUCAAACCUCGGUGAUUUACCUCCGGAAAAUACAAUUCAAAUCAUCAAGGUUGAUGGGGGUGAAAGAUUAGUGACUGCGGUAGAUGAUGAGGAAGUAAUGGAGGUUGAGGAUUUACUGCAAGAUGAAAAUAUAGAAAUGCAUCCUCUUGUAGACGCUGGACAGAAUGAUGGACUUGCUUCUGGCCAAUUCAAGGAUCCUGAAGUUGAUAUAGAGUCAUCAAAUGCGCUGAAUGAUGCAGGAGUUCAUUUGAGGAAAUUAAAUGCUCAAUCUGAGGAAACUGUUUCUUCAUCUGCCAUUGAAUCAAAUGACAGCCGCAUCAAUCAAUCUGAAAGCGAAAGUGGUUGGGAGUGCAUCGACCCUUUAGAUGGACCAAUCAAAAGUGGUACAUCGAGUUCUAUUGCCUGUACUAGUUGGACUCCUGAUUUUUCAAAGUUAGAGGGAGAAAUAUGCUUGGACAACCUGUCAGUUAGGGAACUUCAUGAAACUUUUAAAGCAACAUUUGGACGCGAAACUUCUGUCAAGGACAAACAGUGGCUUAAGAGGAGGAUUGCCAUGGGGUUGACCAACUCAUGUGAUGUUUCAACUAUGACUUUUGUCAUAAAAAACAAUGAAGUGGUGAAAAAGUGUAAAGAAGAGAGCUUGAAGGGUGUGGAUGGUGCCCUUGUUGAGGAUGUGGUAGUUGGAGCAGCGAAUGAGGACUGGACAAGUUUCCCAGUUGGCUGUAAUAGCCAAUUAGAAAAUGUUCGUCAUGUUUCUAGCAAGAGACUGAAAAAUCCUAUUCUGGAAGAUGAUCAUAGUGGUGAAGAUUUGGUUGCCACAAGGGGAGCAAACAAAAGAAUUCGGAAGCCAACAAGGCGAUAUAUUGAAGAAAAUUCUGAAAUAGAAUCUGGAGAGUACAGUGGAAAAUUAAUUUCUUCAGUUAAAACUUCUGCGCAUGGCCAUUCAUCUUCACAAUCUCAUGUCAGGAUUAUUCGGUCUGGGCAAUCAGAUGAGAGGCCUGUUGUCACAAGGCUGGAUUCUCUGGGAGGUUCAGGUGUUCAGGUUCCAUAUGUUUGCCGGGUUCGAAGAAGCCGCCCAAGGGAAAACUUUAUGGCUCUUAUGAAACUGGAGCCCAGUAGCAUGGGAGUGGCUUCCAAAUUUGUUCAGAAGGCCCUUGGAGUAUCAUAUCCUCAACCAGGUGAUGAAAUAGGAAACAAAGUCCUCACAGCCAGGCCAAUUUCAGGCUGGAUCCAAAAGCCUCUUGUUACUGAAUCAGAGAAAGAAGAACAUCUGGAAUUUAAAGCAUCUUUAUUGGAGGAAGAUGCUGAGAUGAGGCGCAUGGAUUUACCUGGGGACAAUUCAGAUGAUUGUGCUGUAACUUUGCCAACAGCAAGAGGUCAAAUGAGAAGGAAACAUCAUCGUCCUUGGACACUUUCUGAGGUUGUUAAACUAGUUGAGGGUGUUGCAAGGUAUGGUGCUGGUAGAUGGUCCGAGAUAAAACGCCUUGCCUUUGCAACCCAUUCCUACCGAACUUCAGUUGAUCUCAAAGACAAGUGGAGGAAUCUUCUUAGGGCUAGCCUUGCACACUCACCCACCGAAAAAGGGAACCUGAGGAAACCUGCUUCAGUGCCAAUCCCCCCUUCCAUUCUUUUACGGGUGAGAGAGCUUGCUGAAAUGCAAGAACAGGUCCCCCCCGUUCUCGGCCCCAUCAGGUGCACAGCUUCUAGUGGUAGGAAUGUACUAGAUGAAAGCAGGUCAGGUUAUUUGUAGAUUUGUAAAUGAAGUGUGAAGUGAAAGGAUCUGUGUGUUUGUUGUAAACACAUAAUGUUGGCUAUAAUGUUCAUCGUCACUUCCAAACUGCUUUAUCAUAUUGGCAUCUUGUAAUUUGUAUAGCUCCUCCUGUAACAGUAUGUACAGAGGUCAUCUUUUGUAUAUAAAUAAAAUCACAGAACAAAAUGUUAAGAUGCCAUGAAGACCCAAUUGGGGGUAUAAACGAGUGG